UGAGCUAAAUCGGUCUACAGCACUCGUGUUACUGGACUAAGAGAUAGACCAGUAGGCUAAAAUGGGGUUGAGGGAGCAACAGCUUACAAUUUCAACAGGAAUAGAUCAACAUAGUGAGGUUGGUCAAGCUAGAAAAUAAGAAAGAAUAAAAACACUGUCAGAGAAUAGAGGAAGAACCAGAGUGAGAGAGUGAGAGAGUGUGAGAGAGAGAGAGAGAGGAACAGAUCAGACUGCCAAGCUAAAACAAAAGAGCAUGCCUUAAAGUGAAGGUGUAAUGUGGAGAGUAGGACAGGAAUGUACAAAGACAAAACACAGAGGAAGUGUGAGUGACAGAGAGAAGCUUCAGACAUGAAAGACAAAAAAGGGAGUAUAAAACAGAAGAAAAGGGGGAUGGGUUUUGAAGAAGGGUUCAAAAAAAAUGAAAAGCAAGAAGAUCUAUAACAGUGUGAGUGUUUGCAUAAUUAUGAGCAAACAUACACACCUGUAUGUGAACAACAUAUUUCUACGGAGACAAACAGAUCACAGAUAUGAUGAGGUUUCUGCUGAAGCUCCUGUCCAUCCUUAUUGCCCUCCUCUUCAGCAGCCUGCUUUGGCACUAUUUUACAAACAGUGAUGCAGCUCUUUACAUCCCACCUAGCAUUAACCAAAAUCCUGCAAAGAGCAAUGAUGCAGCUGCCAGUGAUCUACAGAAUGUUAAACAAAAGCCUGCAAACAGAAAAAAAAAUGCAAUUAUUGACAAACUGCUAACGAGUUAUUCGACCAGCUGGAUAAAACAAGAAAAGAACUUCCAAACCUAUAGGUCACUGCUUAGCAAAAGUUGCAAUGCCAUUUCCAAUGCAGUGGUCACACAGGUCAACUCACCUUUGGGGGCAAAUAUUACUUAUGAUGCAGAUAAAAAAAAGAUAAUGAAGGUGAACCCCGACCUAUUCGGUUUAUUUCCAAAGGAUAGCCCCUUUGAAAAUGCACCAUGGGACACAUGUUCUGUAGUUGGCAAUGGAGGCAUCUUAGCCAACAGCAGCUGUGGAAAACAAAUCGACUCUGCUUCCUAUGUCAUCAGGUGUAAUCUUCCACCACUGAGAAACGGCCAUGAGGGAGAUACGGGAAGCAAAACGAACCUUGUCACAGCCAAUCCCAGCAUCCUCUUUGAAAAGUACCGUGCACUGAAUGAAAAACGGCGGAAAUUUGUGGAAGAUGUUCAGAUCUAUGAGGAUGCUCUGCUCAUGCUGCCUGCCUUUUCAUAUCGGCAGAACACAGCUGUGUCCCUGCGUGCACUCUACUCACUGGAGGAUUUUAGAACUCCUGGCCCGCGACCCGUCUUCGCAAACCCGGAGUACCUGAGCAACUUGGCAGCCUUUUGGCGAGGCCAGGGAAUUCACUCAUAUCGACUCAGCACUGGUAUCAUGAUGGCCAGCUUGGCACUAGAGCUCUGCAACAACGUCCAUCUGUACGGCUUCUGGCCCUUUGGAACACACCCGUACACUGGCCAGCAGCUCACUAAUCACUAUUAUGAUAACCGACCCGCAAACAACAGAGUGCACACCAUGCCAGCUGAGUUUGAGGCUUUGUUGAAUCUCCAUAACAAAGGUGUGAUUCAUCUGCACCUAGGGGAGUGCACAAAAUAAACUUAUGUGAACUUCCCGAAAUAGUCUAUGCUUCAGUUGUCUCAUAAGAUUAAAUUAUUUUUCAGGUUAACGGUACCACUUUUACAAAAAAAUAAAAUAAAAUUGCACUGAUAAUGAUAAGAAGAAGAAGAAGAAAAAGAGGAAGAAGAAGAUGAAAAAGAAGAAAAUAUAAAAAUGUAAUGUUGGUGCAGUUUGCGAGAACAGACCCUUUACAUAGUUAACAAAUGCUGGAGCAAGGACUUCUUGGUUUAUAGCAAAUCUGAACAGAUUAACAAAUCAGGGAUAUAUGGCUUUGUUUAUUUCAAACGCAUUGUGAAAAAUACUACGUUUGUAUACUGCUUAAUGAAGAUCACACUGUAGAACAAUGUAAAUUCCAUUCCAGAAUUCAAAGUAGUAUGCAACAGAGGUUGUGACUUUCCAGCUGCUGAUCGAAAGGUACAUUUCUGCAGUUUAGCAAUAGUUUAUUUUAAUGGAUUAUUUAAACGUUUAAGGGUUUUUAUAUGCUUAAAACUUUUCUAGUUUGGAUCUUCUUCUGUAGGACACAAAAAAUAUAUUAUUUAAUGAAUAAUGAAAUCGUUUGGCUAAUUUUUUUUUUUCAAGAUGUUCGAAUUCCAAUUCCAGCGCUUUCCUUUCUGCAGCAGGAUUGGAACAGUUCUAACUUCAUAAAAAUAUCUGUCUGAAUUUCUUAGACUGAAGGAGACAUACUAUAUACAUGCAAUACGGUAUGAAAUAUGAAAUACACUGAAGAUUAUUUUAUGCUACUUAUCGAGUUGUUUUAGAUCUGCAUUUAUGAAGGUCGAUUAUUACUGUAAAGGUCAAUAUUACUACAAAAUGAAUGUAACGCCACUUGUUGCCUUACAAAAAUGUCUACUACUGUAAUGAAAGCCUGAAUAGCAAUAUCCCUUUAGAUAUGUAUUUUUCUUUCUUUUUCUUUAUUCAAUUGUACUUUUAGGUAUAAUUUACUGAACCUAAUCUUACAAAAAAUGUGCAUUUGUGUGUACAGCUUAAAAACUGGACAUAUUUUUUUGCUGUUAUGUUUGAACAUACUAUAGAGAGGUGUAUGCUGUAUCUUACUAGUAAUGAAAGGCAAAUGAAAGGGAUCCAUUUGGGAUUUGUGCCCACUCCUUUCUCAGAAAUCCUGAAUCUUUAGGGAAACAAAGGGAUGGACAAAGGGAAACAAAGCAUGCAUGCGUGCAUACAGAGAGAAAAUGCAACAAGAAAAAAAUUAAUCAUGGUUAUACGAUCUUGUUGAAAAUAUGGUGAACAAUGGCUUAUCUCACUAUGUUACUUUAACUACACUAUAUUGCAAAAAGUAUUGGGUCAACUUGUCAUAAGUACAGUAUGUGAGCAUUGCAGUCCUCAUUUAGUCCCAAUUUGCUCUUAUAAUUCCCUCCACUCUUCUGGGAAGAUGUUUCACUAGAUUUUGGAGUGUGAUUUUCGAUAUUUGUGUUCAUCAGCCACAAAGGUGUUACAAAAGGCAGGUACUGAUGUAGGUGUUGAGGUCUGGGGUGCACUCAGAGUUCCAAUUCAUCCCAAAGAUGUUCAGAAGGGAUCAAAAAAGCAUGAUCAAGCAACCUCGAUCUUCAAAGCAUGUAAACCAGAUCUUUAUGAGGUAACAGAGAACCGCAUAUAGCAGGAAAGGUCAGGUGACCCAAUACUUUUGGCAAUAUAGUGUGUGUAAUCUCUAUGAAACAGAUAUCAGAUUUAAAAUGUGCCUUUACAAUACAUUAAAAAAAUUGGAAUCACUCAAAAAUGUUUAAUGGCAAUUCAAAGUAUCAUUCAACAAAAUAAAUAGAUAGAAUACUGAUUUACAAAGAAAUAUUUUAUGCUUGAAAUACCAAUUUUGUGUUUUCCUCAAUGAAUCCUUCAAUCCUCCACAAUAUUCCAAGUUCUCUGUCAAGUGUCUUUCUUAUUUUGGACAUUUGGAGAUUGACUUUCCUACUUAUUGGCCAGCUGCAUAUAUUGCUGUUUUAUUAAAACGCUGCCUAGAUAGCCAACAUCUUCCUCACCACUGAAGAUCAGGCUUACAUUUUUGAGGAACAGUUUAAUAAAGCUGCUAGCUGAGGAUCUAUAAAAUGAAAGAUAGGAGGUUGUAUUUACAUUGUGUUCCAAAUUAUUAUCUAAGUAACAUUAUAGUAUAGGAUUUCAGUAAAAUAAACAUUAAGGUUUCAGUUUUUUAAAGAAAGCAUUUGUUUUUGUUUUUUCUCAUAUAUGUUGAAAUAACGGGUAUCAAGCUCAGACAGGUUUGUUAGUUAAUUUGCCAGGUGAUUUUAGUUUAAUAAGGAAACCUACUUGAAAAAAAUUGUUAAAAUCGUCUCAAAAAAUGUAACUUGAAAUGUGAAUAAUUGUUUUGUUUUAAAUUGUGUUAUUUGUAUGAAAAAUGUUCUGUCCAAGCACCGUAUAUGACAGAUUUGGAGUUUUGAGUUCACCAUAACAAUUUGAAUAGUUUACAAUUGCAUUCUACAUAAUUAUUUGGAACAGCAUAUUUUGUGUUUGAUCCAAAAUAUCAAAAAAGCAGUUUACAUUGUCAGUUAUUUUACAUGUAAUAACAUCCACAUUGUAUUAUAAUUGUUGGAGAUAAAAUAAAAUCUUUAAACAUA